GGAAAGCGGACGUAUCGUGCAUUAUUCGCGAACGCACGUAAUCACGCUCGCAGACGUUCUACCUUUAAUCCAAUUUAUAUUAACAAUGACAAGUCAACGACCUGAUUAAUUUAAAUGGGACAUGUUUUAGUAAUUAUGUGGUCGAUUGUUUUUCCUGUGUAAUGUUUUGGUGGAAAAUGAUUAAGGAGGAGGUGAAUUCGGAAAAAUGUUGAAGGAAUCCUGCGUAUGCACGCACAUUGGAUUUCUUUUGUUGACGUUUUAUGUUAUUGCUGUUAAUGGAUAUAUAGAAAUAGUUGAAGAACAGAGAUGUCACAAUAGUAAAAUUCGAUUAACAUGUCGGGAUUUGGACGCCCACAUCGCUGUAUUAGAAGCUUGGUACACAUCAAUACAAGAUUACCAAGCAAACUCGAAUGUAACUCGAACGGAAGAUAUAAAAACAGAGAACGAUACAGAAUUAGAUAAAGUUUAUGUGUACUCAAGUCCGAUGCAUAAUGGUGUUUACGAAUUAGUUAAUAGUACUGUAACUGAUAAUAUUACGGAUUUUGGUAACAAUAGUUUGAGUGAUAUUACAAACGAAGUUUAUGGUUUAAAUGAUACUGCGGAAGUGUUAAUGGCGUUUUUUAACGCGAGUGAAAUGUGCAGUGUACUUACUUAUUCAAAGAGAUAUUCCAAUUUGGAUGUCAGUAAGGAGAGACGAGAUCCCAUCGUUAAAGGGUCUGCUGUAAAUUUACAAAUACCUUUAGGAAAUCGCUGCAACGGGGUCAGUCACUGUACAUUUAUUCUGAAGAAAACACAUCCACCGGCGGCUGAUUGGUCCCACGGCAUCGUGCAUGUCAAAUAUUCUUGCCUCGAUGAAAUCGUUGAAGAACAACGUUGCUAUGACAGCGAGAUUCGUAUGACAUGUCGCGAACUUGACAGUCACAUAGCGAUAUUAGAAGCUUGGUACACAUCUUUAGAAGACUACAACAGAGAUCUGAAUACAGAGAACUAUACUAUAAAGACUGAAAACGAUUCAGAGUUAGACCGAGUGUAUGUGUACUCUAGUCCUAAACAUAACGGUGUGUAUGAACUAACGAAUCAUUCAAUCAAUGUGAAUGAGGUGAACGAUACGGGAGUGACGGAAGUGAACGAUACAAUGGAUACAGUGGACAUGACGGUUGAAUUUGUGAACGGUAGUGAUGUGUGUAGCUUGCUUUCGUAUACACGGAGCUAUGCGAGCUGGCACGACGACGGUAGACGACGGCGUCCCCUAGCGAGGCCCACGUCAAUCAACCUGCGUCCACCGCUCAGUUAUCGAUGUACAGGAGUCAACCACUGCAAUUUCUUGCUGGAAGAAGACUACCCUCCAGCAGUGGCCUGGUCACCGGGUGUGGUAUCUAUUAAAUACGCCUGUUUUGAUGAUUCGUUAGCAGUACACUACUGCAAUCGAGAAGUGUUUGUCGCAGCGUCGGGUCCGGACAGCGAGGGUUACAUACGGACGCCCGGAUAUCCACACUUCUACGUUGGAGACGAGUGCCGGUGGCGGCUCAAAGCAGACCCCGAACAGCGCAUCCGAAUAUCCCUAUUGGAUGUCAGUUUAAGAAGUAUUGGUCCAUUUGAAGACCAAUGUACAGAUUUCGUGUCUGUGGUGGACUCGAAUGGUGAGUCGCUGCUGUCCACUUGUGAGCAGGUAGACUUGCCUCUGAGACUGACCUCCACGACGAAUGCCUUAGAGGUCAUCGUAGAAGCCAAUUCUCAAGGCGCCUUUCCAAAGAGAGGCGUUUUACUACAUUAUAAGAGUUUGGGUUGUGUUACGUUACCAGCGCCAUCUGAUGGUUACCUCGUGUACCGUAACGAAGAUGUUGCGCACUACAUGUGCAAUGUGAACUUUGUUUUCGCUGAUACGCGACAAAGGGCGCGGAUGCUAUGGUGCUUUGAAGAUAAUAGAUGGAAUGGGACAAUUCCAUUGUGUAUAGAAGAGACGACUAUAAAGGUCGUCGGGAACGAUUCAUUAUCGGAAGGUUCAGAUAAAGGCACAAAACUGCCGCACAACGAGGCAAACAUGAUAGUCGACAUCGUGAUCCCGUCGCUGUUGAUAGCGGCGCUGUUCAUCGGCAACGCGUUCAUUGUACUCAUCAUAUAUAAAUACAGGAAACGAAAAACCGAAGACUUGGAAGAUGAGUUCAACACCAUUCCAUUGAACGGCAACGGAAUGCACAGCGCGGGGAAUGCGGUGUAACGUGGAUGCCGAUAUUUUGCGGAUGUUGUUUACAAUUCAAUUAAUUUAUACGAUACAAUCACAACUAGAAUAACUCCGGCAAAAAUAAUAGAACGUAGUUAUAUAUAUGUAUACCAUAUCUUUAGACACGACACCGUAUUCAGCUAAACAAAGAUCUUUUUAGACAAAAUAUGUUUCGUAGAAAUAGAUUUAAAAGAAUUUGACAUUAGUACAACAAUGUAAAUAGACUAUAGUGGUUUUUAAUUCAUACCUUGUAAGCAACUUCCGCAAAUAAAACCUAAGCUGUAGACACACCAAGCUUAAUUCGUCCUCUCCUAGAUUGUCUGUGUCUGCUGUUAAGACUCAUUCACAUUAAAAUCGCGUGCUACGAUGCGUUUUCAUCCGACUACUGCAGAGAAGUUAAAAAACGUGUUUAAAUGUGUCUUUUUAAAUUGAAAUCUUAAUAGACUUUUUAUUUGAUCUUACUGUCAUAUCGAUCCAUAAAGUGUUAACUGUAUACCAAAGAUAAUUAUGCCAAAGCGGGAGAACAACCUUUAAAUAAACGUACUGCGCUCGCGGAUUUACUGUGAAUGUAGCCUUAGUUCUAUGUUACCUUAUUUAUUUGUUAAUAGUUACCGCAUUUAAAACAGUGACUAAAAAAACGAUUAUUAGGCGUUAAGUAAGGACUGAUAAUGAUAUUGAAUUCUCGAUAAAGUCGCUGAUUCGUUCGCAGGUGUGGCACAGCCUUUAUUUGUCAGUCGUAAUGCGUUGCCUCUUGUUGACAUUUUGUAUUUCGUAAAUACUGUAUAGAUUCUGUAAUGAAUAAAGCACUAUCUUUAACC